AUGUCAGAAGCUGGUGCCCCCCAUACAUUGUAUUUUGGAGUUAAAUUUUAUGCUGCAGAUCCAUGCAAGCUUCAUGAAGAAAUUACUAGAUACCAGUUUUUUCUACAAGUGAAGAAAGAUGCAUUGCAGGGACGUAUGCCUAUUCCUUUUGAUAUCGCAGCAGAGCUAUGUGCUUUUGCAGUACAAUCUGAGUUGGGUGAUUUUGAUCCCAAAAGACAUUUGAAAGGUUAUGUGUCUGAAUUCCGCUUUGUACCAAAUCAAACAGAAGAACUAGAAGACAGGAUAGCCAGGAUCCAUAAGACACUUGCUGGUCAAGUGCCAGCAGUUGCAGAAUACAUGUUUCUCGACAAAGUGAAAUGGUUGGAAAUGUAUGGAACUGACCUCCACCCAGUUUUGGGAGAGGGCAAUUUAGAAUAUUUUGUUGGACUCACACCCACUGGAAUAGUUGUGUUCAGAAAUAAAUCAAAGGCUGGUAACUACUUCUGGCCAAGGAUAUCAAAAGUCAGUUUCAAAGGGAAAACAUUUCAUAUCAGGGUAAAGGACAAAAAUAAUGAUGAAAGUACCUAUGGAUUUGAACUUGCAACAAGGCCAGCAUGUAAACAUUUAUGGAAAUGUGCUGUGGAGCACCAUGCUUUCUUCAGGAUGCAUCAAGCCACAGAGACUGUUUCUACAGGAAAACUUUUCAGCCUAGGAUCAAAGAACAGAUACAGUGGCAGAUCAGAGAAACAGUCCUCUCAAGAACCUGCAUCACGCCCACAGCCACAUGUUCUUAGGACCCCUUCACGCAGGCAGCAGAGAAGAACAGCUUCAGAUGUCCCAAUAUCAAAUGGAAUUGUGGGUAAUGACGAUGGUGGGUUCUUGGACUACCCGGACGGAAUGGUCACCACUGUUGUUCAACCAAAAUCAGAAAGAAGUCAUAGGCAAGGCCAUUCAAAUGCUGCAGACUCCCCAAGAAGCACUAGAUCAGCUCCAUGGGAGAUGGGAAAUUCUGUUAAAGGUGGUAUGUAUACCACAGGACGUGACUCUCCUAUGUCUACACGAAGUGAGAAGAUGAAGUUUCCAGGACCCAGGAGGUCCAGAGAGUCUGGCAGUGAAAGUGAAGCCAGCUAUCACCAUAGGAGAAGGGGGCACCACAGUAGGAAGUCUGAUAAUGAAAGUGACCAAGAGAGGAGGAGGCGUCGCAGGUCUAGACAUGAGAAUAGUGGUAGUGAGUCUGAAGCAUCACAUCAAAGGCGCUAUAGGCAUAGAAGGUCAGGUCAAGAUAUGUUAAGCUCUGAAGCCAAGUGGAAAGAGGUCCAAAGGAAGCUGGAAAAGAAUGACAUGAUAGCCUCUCCAGAAGGCAGGGCCCAUAGUAUGAAAUCAAAUGGAUCAUUGGCUUCUGAUCAUGGGUCAGAGGAUAGUGGGAAGAGAAAGAGAAGGACAAGAAGGAGAAGUAGGUCACCAGGUAAACGUCCACCAGAAGAACUGAGGCAACAUUUUGAGUAUGAUCUUGUGGAUCCUGAGACAAUAGGAUUAAAUGAAGAACAGAUGAGAGAUAUACCUUACACCAAAGUUGAAACCUCAGCCGAGCCAUUUAAGAUCAAGUAUUCCCCACAUAUGAGGCAAAGGUAUAAAUCUCCCAGAAGAAGAAGUCAUGGGAGUGAUCUAAAUGAGGCAGGCAUGGGUCGUAUCCCAGGUGGAGAACCUGUGCCAGCACACCAGCAGAUGUAUCCACCACCCACCACACAACAGAUGUAUCAAUCCAAUACACAACAGCAAAAAUAUCCAUCCAACACACAACAGCAAAAAUAUCCAUCCAGCGCACAACAGCAUAACAGGAGGAGUAUGCCAGAAGUGCAGUACAAGAAUGCUUAUGGGCACCAAAACAAUGGAGAAGAAAUGGUUCAGCCUCCCCCCUCAGUACAGAAAGCAGAGCUUCACACGGCUCCAAUAGUAAAGACAAAACCAGUUGCAGUGUUCACAGCCCUAGCUCCAGACAACAUACCUCACCCAUAUCCCAUUAUGCCAUUAGAGGACAUCACCAAUCUUUCCAAAAAUAAUAAGUUUUCCAAGCCAAGUGAUGGCAAACAUCAGCACCAUGACUCUGGGCUUGGUAUUGACCAAGAAUUAUCCUCUAGCCCUAAGUAUGUGUGUGUGUAUAACUCAUAAAUCUAUAACAGAUAAAAUUGUACUGAUAAGACUGGAAACCAUAAAGGUGUAUUUAAACCGAAAAUGAUACCUUGUAAAUAGGAUUGUAUUUUUAUUGUAUUUACAUGACCCUA